AGUAAACAAAUCCUGUGCGCGCAUGCGUACUGAGCGAGCGGUGAUGGAGGAUUGUCAUGAGAAUCGUCUGCUGUUAGCUACAAACAUAUCAACGAAGGUAUAAGCUAUCUGCUAAGGUUUUUUUUCGACACAGUUGGAAUUAAGAACUCGGCCAAUCAAGAUGGCCUCUGACAUGCCUGCUUAUAGAGGGAUUAUGACCUUUUACCCGACUGUGGAGGAGUUCAACAACUUCAGUCGCUAUAUUGCGUACAUGGAGUCCCAAGGUGCACACAAGGCAGGCCUGGCCAAGAUCGUCCCGCCAAAAAACUGGAAACCCCGUCGUUCAUAUGAUGACAUUGAUGACCUGUUAAUACCGGCGCCAAUUCAGCAAGUUGUAACAGGACAGUCAGGGCUUUUCACCCAGUACAACAUUCAGAAAAAGGGCAUGACUGUUAAAGAGUUUCGCAAAACGGCCAACAGUGACAAGUUUUGCAGCCCUCGAUAUGAUGAUUUUGAAGAGCUUGAAAGGAAAUAUUGGAAAAAUUUAACAUUUAACCCCCCUAUUUACGGAGCUGAUGUGAAUGGUACUCUUUAUGACCCGGAUGUAAAAGAAUGGAACGUGGGCCACUUGAAUACUAUACUUGACACUGUGGAGCAUGACAGUGGUAUCUCUAUUGAAGGAGUGACCACACCCUACCUCUACUUUGGCAUGUGGAAAACCACUUUUGCAUGGCAUACAGAAGACAUGGACCUCUAUAGCAUUAAUUACUUGCACUUCGGGGAGCCAAAGUCCUGGUAUUCCGUACCUCCAGAGCAUGGAAAGAGACUUGAGCGUUUAGCCAAAGGAUUUUUCCCUGGAAGUUCACAAAACUGUGAAGCAUUUCUUAGGCACAAGAUGACUCUUAUUUCCCCUUCGAUUUUGAAGAAGUAUGGCAUUCCAUUUGAAAAGAUCACUCAGGAGGCUGGGGAAUUUAUGGUGACUUUUCCCUACAGCUAUCAUGCAGGAUUCAACCAUGGUUUCAACUGUGCCGAAUCGACCAACUUUGCCACCAGAAGAUGGAUUGACUAUGGAAAACAAGCCAUUCUGUGUUCUUGUAGAAAAGACAUGGUGAAGAUCUCCAUGGAUGUAUUUGUAAGGAAGUAUCAGCCAGAUCGGUACGAGCUGUGGUUGGCAGGGAAGGACAAUGCCCCCAUUGACCACUCCAAGCCUACGCCCGAGGCAGCUGAGUUUUUAGGCGGAGAGGCUGGAAAAAGUGGUGCUCAGGAACUCUGCAUCGAGAACCAAAAUAGUGAGGGCCAAAAGAAAAGUCUGGCCAAACAGAGGAUAGGAACAAAAAGGCACAGAGUUUGUCUGGAUGUACCAGAGGAAGUUCUUCCAAAGAGCGAAAUAAACGAUGAGGAGGCUGAAUAUGGCAAAAAGGGUAGAUAUGGAGAAGAGAAAGAUGACCCGCCUCCAGUGGUCAAAACCACUUCGUCCAGAGAGCAUGCAAAGGACGCGGUUAGGUUAAGUUGUGAUGCAGCUACCUCCAUUUCUAAAACUACCACACCGUCCUCAGGCUGUCUACAACCCUUCCCAAAACAUCACCUAACUAUAGCAUCAGUUCCUCACUGCCUGUCAGCCGUGCCACGGACGUCAACCAAGCCAGGUGUGGCAAGCCUUCUCUUUCAUCGGACUCUGAGUCCUUCAGAUGCUCUGCAGGUCCACAGCUAUGCAGCCAGAUCGAUGCUCCAAAAAUAUCAACAUCUUACCACAGAGAAGCCUAGAGAAGCCCUCAAAGAACCAGACAUCAAACCAGAUGUGAUGCCAAAAUCUCCUGCGCCGGAACCAAACACAGUAGAGCGUGAAAUUAAGAGUGAGAAAGAGAAUAAGAGUAUGAAGAGGAAACUACAGCCACUCAGCAAGCUGCCCCGCUUGCAUCCUCUGCUCAGAGAGCUCUCCAGUGAUGAUGAGACCCAGGAGCCAACGCCUGAGCCUGAGGAAACCGAUCCCUGGGCGAGACUCCUGGCUCCCAUGUGGCAAAGCAAACCACGUGACUUUGAAGUUGAGAAGGAGUUCAACUUCCGCAUGGGUGGGCAUCCCCCAUACUGUGCAGUGUGUACGCUUUUUCACACAUAUGAACAGAGUGAUGUGAUCAACAUGAGCGAGAGCAGUUGUUCAGACGAUGGAGGAGAGACACAUAGGACCAAACCACUGAUUCCAGAGAUGUGCUUCACCAGCAGCUCUGAGGGACAUCUGUCCACCCCUCAUGUGGAGCAGGAUGGCACCAGUCGACUCAUCAGCUGCUCUGUGUGCAGGGUGCGCGUACAUGCAAGUUGUUACGGUGUGCCUCAGGAUACAAAGCUGGAUGCCUGGACGUGUUCCCGUUGUGAAGCUAAUGCAAUUACUCAGGACUGUUGUUUAUGUUCUCUAAGAGGUGGAGCGCUGCAGAGGGCCAACAAUGACAAGUGGGUUCACGUGUUAUGUGCUGUGGCAGUGCAGGAGGCUCGCUUUGUGAACAUUGCAGACCGCAGUCCUGUUGAUCUCAGUAGUAUACCACUGCAGAGGUUCAAGCUGAAAUGCCAGUAUUGUCGCAAAUGGGUAAAAAGGGGGGCCGGUUGCUGUGUGCAGUGCUCGCACGGGCGCUGCUCCACUUCCUUUCAUGCAACAUGUGCACAGGCUGCUGGAGUUCAGAUGCAUCCAGAUGAUUGGCCCUUCGUCGUCUACUUCACCUGCUGGAGACACAAGGGUAGCAUCCAAAUAGAGCGCAACAGGGCCUCUAUGCGGGAGCUGGAGAAUGGACAAAAAGUGAUCUGCAAGCACAAAAACGGCCGAUACUACCACUGUGAGGUGGUCGAGCUGACCAAAGCCACCUUUUAUGAAGUUAUCUUUGAUGACGGCUCAUUUAGUGACAACCUAUUCCCUGAGGAUAUAGUGAAUAGGGACUGCAAGCAACUCGGCCCGCCAUCGGAGGGUGAUGUAGUUCAGGUGCUCUGGACAGAUGGCCUGAUUUAUGGAGCAAAAUUCGUGGCUGCACACAUCAUCCCAAUGUACCAGGUGGAAUUUGAAGAUGACUCCCAGCUUACUGUAAAGAGAGAAGAUGUUUACAGUUUAGAUGAAGAGCUGCCCAAACGUGUCAAGGCACGCCUGUCUGUGGCAUCUGACAUGCGCUUCAAAGGAGUGUUUGUAGAGAAGGAGGUGAAGCAGGACACAAAAAGACAGCGGGUGAUCAACUCUCGCUACAGGGAAGAUUACAUUGAACCAGUCAUCUACAGAGCCAUCAUGGAGUAAUUACAAACUCUUCACAAACUGUCCGGACAAUGAGCAUAUCAGUGCACCAGCUCUACUAACAAUAAAGCAGUCAACAAUCAAGCUGGACUAGAUGGUUUCAUGUGUGGACAAGUGAUCAUACAACUUAAAUACGCAUCCAUCACUGAGCCUAUUGUUUUAAUAAAAUCAAGAUCAAAUUUUAGACCUUUAGGCCGAGUAUGAAUUUUUGCUGAAGUGUUCUCACUGUUAACAAUAAUAUCUUAAGCCGGCAAGGGCACAGAAGAGAAAUAUAAACUCGAUUAAAUAGAUCAGGCAUGUGUUGUGUAAGAGUGUUUGUUUGUUAAGAGUGGACACAACUGGCUUAGGCUCAGUGGGAGCGUUGGACGGCUCUUUGACUCCCACUAUCUUCAGUCAGAUGGUGGUAAUCUUUCAACUGUUUUUUUAUCACAUCCCUGCAGACCCACUGGCUGACUGCACAUGAACAGACCUUUUUAGACCAUCGGGUGAAUCUUCACUCGUCAGUUUGGACGUGCUUCGCAAUAUCUGAAUCUCAUGGAUGAAUCUAGUCUUUAUUAGUACAUGAGCAGUUUUUUGUGUGAUCUACUGUAAAGAUAGGACAUUAUUGAAGACUGUAGCUUUAAACGUUCACAUUUAGAUGGGUUCAGCAGCUAAAUCUUAGAUUUAGAUUUUAUUUAUAAAGUUGCUAAGAAUGCCAAUUUCAUGAUUGCGUUUUAGUUUAACUCUGAUGUUUGUAAAAAGAUGUAUUUAUAUGCGUUAAAGCAAAACUUUCUCUACUUUUCUACUGUUUAGUUGCGUUUCUAUGCUAACGCAGGGGAGAGUUAACUGUGACUAGUCACGGUCAAACCAGUGCAUUUAUUAGCAGGUUUUACGUUUAUUAAGUUUCAUUGUUUCUAAUGCAGGGAAGGCAACCUCUUCAAGCACUUCACUGAAAGCGUGCUGAGAUCGGUGCCUCAUUAAAAUCACUUAAAUUAUUUUAAAGUAAGUUUUGCAAAAAUGUCUUGAUGAAUAUAGCGUUCUCAUUCACAGAACCCUUGUCUUACUCUUUUGUGUAGUAGGCAUUAAUCGUGUUUGUCUUUUGACUAUGGAUCUACAUUGUUUAUUUAAGGCUAAAAACUUUAUUUUUUAAAUUAAAAGCAAUGUCUCCUAUCCAAAUGAA